CAAGCUGCCGCGUUGCGCCGUAUCAGCAAUGGUGUUUGACGGCAAAUCAAACGCAAGUGCUGAUAGCGCGGCACAGCCGCUACUAGAGGCUGAAACUGUUGAUCGAGGCGGAGAUCAAGAGUUUAGGUGGAAUUCGCGGCCUUGUCACGGAGGACGCUUGCACUUGGCAUCUUUGCAUGGCGACGAAGAGGAGGCGAAGGCCGCCUUGGCCAAUGGCGAGCAAGUGAACUCCAGAUUCGUUUACGAAACUUACUUCCAGGGAAACCCUCAGGAAGGGAGUGGCGAGGCGAUCCACUUAGCCGCCUCCCGUGGAAAUGUGAACGUGGUGAAGCUUCUAUUGCAAAAGAAGGCUUCUUUGACUGCGACGGUUUCACGUUCCCACAAACCACACUACGACGUCCUGCACGCGGCGAUGUUCGCGGAGGGUCGUGGUGGCACUCUGGAAAUGAUUAGCUACCUCUUCGAAGCAAGAGCUGAGCUAACAAGGAAUCAAGAUGGUCGAUGGCCAAUCCAUGUGGCCUUCCUCACAGGCAAUGUCCCGGCCAUCAACUUGCUGCGAACCUUCAUGCGACAGCAGAACAUCACCGAUGGCGACUACAAGGAAGAGAGGGUGCCCAAGCCUUUGCAGUUGGGCAUUCGAGGUGGCAAGAUGUCGGAGCAAGAACUGAGCGAUGCAGCUGAGAUCACCAAUCUCUCGAUGCAAAUUUUCAUCGACGAAAGUCCAUCCUGCAUUCCACUCUUUUUGCGCAGGUUACGACAGAAGGAGGCAACGAACGCAUCUGCCAGUGGUGGUCGCCUAAGCAUUACCAAGCGCACCACGUCACAGGACAAAGAACAUCGAGUGGAAGUGGCCAGGAAUUUGAAUGAGCAGAGCAUUGCCAAGGUGCUUCGCGAGGCGCCCCAAGCGGCCGUGUCCUUGUUGAGCUACGCCACCAUGACGCCGCAAUGCGAAGAUACCUGGCACCCCUUGCCCACUCGCGUCAGCUUCGCGGCACGCUCCAGAGCUAUACGCCUUCGAAUGAUCUUCAAUCCAGCCGAGCGGUACCUUACGGAAUACCAAGCAGAUAUCCAGUGGCACUUCGACCGACCCAUGUGGAAAGCACCAGCUUGGCAUAAAGCCUGGGUGGAUCGAAGCUAUGGGAAACCAAUCAUCGAUGCAAACAUCAAUGUGGUCUUGGUGCCUGAUUUGAUCUGUGCCGAAGUGUUCACUUCUCUGUGUGAUAAGAAGCAGGACGACCUGACCCUCUUUGACAGUGACACCAUCCAUGUCAUGACAAAGCACCUGUUUUGGGAGAGCGCCUUCGUGAACGACCUCAUCCUGGUGAUGCUGACUCUCUGGGGUCUGGCGAUCCUCAUUGGUGAAGAGGUCCUGGUGCGACUGGAUUAUGUUCCUGAGAGUAGCGAUGGCAAUGGCAGCAACAGCACUCAUCUUGCUGAUGACCGUCUUUUGAUACGUUCAGGGCACAUUGGUCAAGCCCACAUUGAGUUUCACAACCCUGUGGAACUUGUGGAAGCAAAAAAGGACUCUUGGGUUGCUUUUUCGUGGGUGGCAUGUAAGUCUCUAGUCGACCUGUGGUUGGAGUAUUGCGAACUGCGGGGGCUGGUCAAAAUCGGCGAGUGGAACUCCUGGUUUCAAAUCCACAACCUCGUGCGUGCCGUUUUGGCUGGGAUCCCCUCGUUGCUGAUUUUCUGGCCUGAUUGCACGCCAAUUCUCCUAUGUGGCGUCUUCUUGUACUGGGCUCGCUUGCUGAAUGCGUAUACCCUGACUCAGUACAUUGGUGAAGAGUUGCUUCCCAUCAUCGACCUGGCGAGCGGUCUGGGCCCUUCGCUCUUCGUGACCUUCAUCGCUUUCGGUGCCUUCACUCAUGCCUUCUACUUGGUGAGAAAAGCAUCACAGGUUUACCCUCGCGAUCGCCAGGCUUUAUGGCCCCAAGUCUCCACCGAUUCCUUCGCGGUUUUGAUCACGGCGGCCUUGCCCGAACGAGCGUCUGACGUGGGCUCCAUGGAGUUUUAUUUGGUGCUCAUUGCGGUUCUCUUCUUUUCAGUGCUCAUCAUGAACGUCUUUAUCGGCGUCAUUUGCGAACUGUACACCAGUGCGAAGGAGAACGCCAAGUUGGUCUUCAAACGGCGACGUGCUGAGAGCGGCAUGCUUUAUCUCUUGCGAUCUCGCGUGAUUCCAUGCCAUAUCUUCUCGACGCACGUUGCUUUUGGAAUCAUGACUUUCGCAGGAGUGGUGGCCCUCAGUAUCCAGGUGUACUGCUUCAUGGACCACAAUUUUAAGGUGUGGGUUUUUUGGCCCUUCCUGGCGUGUCAAGUGACCAUUGUUGCAAUGGGCUUCCAACAACCUGACAUUCCAUGGGUCCGCAAGCAAUGGGAUCCGACCAUGCCACCCCACUACCUGUGGUUUUGCAAACAAAAGGAACAAGAAGAGGAUAGCAUCAACUCAGAGAUUCAUGGCAUUUUGGAAGAGAUGGAGGCCGUAGUGAGCGAAAUUGGCAAGAUGAAAUGAUGCACCAGGUGGUGUUGGCCGCUGCUGGUUGUGCAAAGCCGUCAACUGUAGCCGGCUCGGAAUAGCAAGGUCCCUUUUCGGUUGAGGGGUGGGAUUGGCAGAAGUGUCCGAAAAACGCAACUGAGAUAAUAAUGCCAGCGAGCAUGGGGAUGCC